AGAAGAGAGGACACCCUACAGUACAGGACACUUCUCUUUUGGAGUUUACUUUUCCGUGCGCUUUUUUUUUUUUUUUUGGUGCUAAAGUGCUAAAGAUUAAGGUCGGGGCUUGUUGUCCUUUUGGGGGAGUUUCACUUGUCUCUAUUUGGCACCAGACGCAUCUGCCAUCUACUGCUACUGGGUGCCUGGAGCUGCCAAAGUCAUGCCGGCCGGGUUUCAGCAACUUGGAGGGGAGACAGUGACUGGAACCUUUGCGCUCUCAGUCUUCACUGCUGUCCUGGGAUCUCUGGAGUUUGGAUACAACAUCGGUGUCAUCAAUGCACCUCAGAAGAUGAUUGAGGAGGACUAUAACGCAACAUGGGUGCAUCGGUAUGGAGAGCCUAUCCCCACAGGGACCCUCACCUCCCUCUGGUCCCUGUCCGUGGCCAUCUUCUCCAUCGGCGGCAUGCUGUCCUCCUUCUGUGUGGGCUUCAUCUCCGAGUGGCUGGGCAGGAGGAAAGCCAUGCUCAUAAACAACUUGUUUGCCUUCAUGGGUGGAAGUCUGAUGGGGUUGUCCAAGCUCUGCCGCUCUUUUGAAAUGAUGAUCCUCGGACGCUUUAUCAUCGGUGUCUACUGUGGUUUGGCAUCAAGCCUGACACCGAUGUAUGUGGGUGAGAUAGCUCCUACAAGUCUGCGAGGGGCACUGGGCACGAUGCACCAACUGGCUAUAGUCACUGGUAUUCUCAUAGCGCAGAUCCUGGGUCUGGAGGUGUUACUGGGAAGCGAGGACUUGUGGCCAGUUCUGUUGGGUUUAACUGUUGUGCCGACUGUACUUCAGAUGGCACUUCUGCCUUUCUGCCCCGAGAGCCCCCGCUUCCUCUACAUCAUCCGCUGCCAGGAGCACCAGGCCAAGAGAGGCCUGAGGAGGCUGACGGGCAGGCAGGAGGUGGGCGACAUGCUGGCAGAGAUGAAGGAGGAGAAGAGGAGGAUGGACAUGGAGAGGAAGGUGUCUAUCCCGGAACUCUUUCGUUCUCCACUCUACCGCCAGCCUAUCAUCAUUUCCAUCCUGCUGCAGCUCUCCCAGCAGCUGUCUGGGAUCAAUGCAAUUUUCUACUACUCCACCAGUAUCUUCAUGAAGGCAGGAGUCCAGAGUCCAAUCUAUGCCACCAUAGGAGCAGGCGUGGUAAACUGUGCCUUCACUGUGGUCUCGCUCUUCCUGAUAGAGAGGAUGGGUCGACGGACGCUCCACAUGCUAGGACUUGGUGGGAUGUGCAUCUGUGCCAUCAUCAUGACCAUGGCUCUUGCUUUAUUGGUCAGUCUCCCAAAGAUGCAGGGAUCAUGUACUGUUAUCGAUAUUUUCUCAAAACAAAACUCUGAAGCCUUUUUUUCUCCCACCUCUCAGGACAGUGUUCCUUGGAUGAGCUAUAUCUGCAUGCUGUCCAUCUUUGGCUUCGUGGCCUUCUUUGAGGUCGGUCCGGGUCCCAUCCCCUGGUUCUUUGUAGCUGAGCUGUUCUCUCAGGGUCCAAGGCCGGCUGCCAUGGCUGUGGCCGGCUUCUCCAACUGGACUGCCAACUUCAUCAUCGGCAUGUGCUUCCAAUAUGUUGCUGACCUUUGUGGGCCAUACGUCUUCCUGAUCUUCGCGGCACUCCUCCUUUUCUUUCUCAUCUUCACAUUCUUCCGGGUGCCAGAGACGCGGGGCAAGACCUUUGAACAGAUCGCAGCAAACUUUCACCAGCACUCGACGGGAGGAAUGAUAGACAUGGACUUGGACAUGGACCUGGACAAGUCCAGCACCGAGCUGGACUACUUGGGGGAGGAAAGCAUCAACUAAAGAGUCCCUGCCUGAAGAGAGAUGAAACUGAGUACAGUUUGGGAUGAACUGUGUAUGUGGGACUCCAAACUUUUAUUUUCUGACAUGUAUAUUGAGGUUAGUUGUUGUAUUCAUAUAUAUUGUGGUGCCAAAGCAGUGUUAAACGUGUGUUUUGGGAUUGUCCUUUGUUGGUACCACUACAAUAUGAGGUUAAUGGUUACGACAAAGGCUAAAAACCUAUGAAUUAAGAGUUGACUACUAUAGUUUCACGGAAUAAGAUGCACCUGAGAACAAAGUGUUUGGACUGUUGACGCAUUGACUGCCAGUGUGGUAGGAUUUUAUUCCACAGUGAUACACUCAGUUGCAAUAUUGACAGACGGAGGUGGAGAGACUUUGGAAUUCCUGCACUUUAUAUACAAAGACAUCCAAAGUUUUCAGAGUUUGGAGGUAAAAAACAGGAUAUACAGUCAAGUGUGCUUGCUGGGAACGCUCUAGAAGUGUAAAUCCAAUCGAUUGAAACACGUUUAACUGACAGAUUUAAGUAAGAGACUACCAUACGGCAUUCAAAUUUUUACUAUUGAACUACACGUAAAAAAACAAAACAAAAAAAACUGUAAAAAAGUAUUGAAAAUUGUAACAAAAACUGGCAUAAAAUGCAAUCUUGUUUACUUCUUUGAUCAGACAGUUCCAGAUUAAAAUUAUGACUACCAA